AAAUCAUUGCAAGGAAGUGCAGUCAGUUCCCCUGUACUUCAUGCAAAACCCGGAAGUUCGCGAAGUUUAUUUCACCAAUGAUGUGCACAAACUUUUUCAGCGCUCAGCAGUGUCUAGCAGUGCGCUAGCAGACAAGUUAUGCCUCCGGAUUUUAAAUGGAAAUACACUCAAAAUGUUGCUCUCUCGGUAAUAUGUUGUGUGAUCAACAAUAAUUCUUCAUAUUGGUAAGGAGAGAUAAACAGUGACUAUCAUUUCUUCAGGUGUUUUCUUCAGUUCAUGUCUAUUCUGCCUGUUGAAGUUUAUAGUUGCCAGUACCAGUGGAUCGAGCUGGAGGAGCGCAGUGCGGUGUCGUGCCUGUUGAAUGGUGUACGGAAUCAACUCUUGCCUUCAGAUGAGUGCUACAGUAUCAUGAAACAUGUCUGAAAAUUCUGUAAAGGAUAUUCUCGCAAAGUUCAGCCAAGGAAAUGGUCCACAAUUUGGUGGGCCGCCCCUGGCCCAGAAGCCCUCGGUCCAGAGCAAACCGCCCAAGGUCAUCAAACCUAAUAACUUGCCCGUCAGUAGUCAGUCGUCAAAUGGAGUUAAGUCAUCCCCUAAUGGUGUAAAGUCACCCGUGUCAAGGGUUGGGUUCCCACCAGGAGGAGGUGUGAACAUUGAGGACAUCACCAAGGUGAAGCUAAAGAAGCCACCCUUGCCCAAACCUCCUCCAGAAGCCAGACAGACCGAGAACCAAGUCCCAAGUUUUAAAUUGCAACCCAAACCCAAGCCCAAGCCAGCAGCACCUCCAAGGCAAGAACCGUCCUCACCGUUCGGCGCCACCAAUCUUCAACCCAAGUCUCCACCUUCCGAGAGCAGUAGCCCUUUUCGGAAUGAGUCCUCCCUUCAUGCCAACUCCAAACCCGCAACUCUUGCUAAGAAACCAAAGCCUCCAGCACCGGCCAGGAAAGACAGUUUAACAAAUAUAUGUAGUGUACCCCGGAAACCGAGCCCACCAUCAGUUUCCCCUGAAGAGGAAGACAAAGAGAAUACAUGUAAUUGGAAGAAUGGGAUCGGGGCGGAUGAACCUGCUCCACCAAUUUCAGACUCAGAAAAUUCCUCAGCAUCUUCGAUAACGGAGACUCCUUUGAGGAGAACGUCAUUCCUUCACACUGUCAGCAAGAACUUGAAACAGGGAAACCGAAAGCCAGUUCUUGAACCCCUCCCACCCCUCUCAGUCAUCGGGAAUGCCCCUCGGAAGCCAGCCAAACCACCCAAUGUGUCUUUAGCAAAAUAUUUAUCUUCUUUGUCAGACUCCCCUCCCCCUCCCGUCAGACCACCGAAGCCUGGAUCUACCCCGUCCACCCCUCCCUCUCUACCUGCCAGGCCCGGAGGUGGGCUAUCGAAGACCAGGCCCCCACCCCCACAGCCAGUACCAGAGGAACAGAUACCAGAAGAUGCUGGGGAUAUCUAUGACGAUGUUGAGGGUGAACCCUCUUCUGGUGUUCCACGCAACAAUAGGCCGUUCUCUCUCAUGUAAGUACAUUUUUAACCUCUGUUUCUCUUCUA